GUGUUCAUCGGGAACAUGUACUCGAUCCACUUCUGAGGAGUCCGGGUUCACGUGCGAGUGCCCGGAACACUACAGUGUUGCGACGGUCGGCGACAAGCAGGUGUGCCAGGCGGGUCCGUGUGCAGAAAAUCCUUGCGGCGAUCCGGAGAUCGGUCACACCUGCAGAGCCACAUCAGACACAGAGUAUACUUGCUCUUGUGCUCCGGGAUACGUUUUCAACGGAGUAACAUGCGCUGAGAGUUCGGCGAACCCAUGCUAUCCGGGAACAGUGGCGACUACAGACGGACUGGGUGGCUACACCUGUAACUGUACUGCGGGAUACAUGGCUGAAAAUAUCGAGGAUUCCGGAGAUGUGACACAGCAGCGAUGCAUCGAGGAUGUGUGUUACAACAAGUGCGACAAUGGUACCUGUUCACGAACUCCGAGACUAGGUUCAGACUCCGCAUACAGAUGUGAGUGUCACGAGGGCUACGAUGUGAAGAGGAACGACCAGGGCGAGUACUGUGAAGCGAUUGGGUGCUCCAGCAACCCGUGUGGCCCACCUGAGGAAGGCCACCAAUGUUCGGUGUCUGGGGAUAACGGGUAUGCGUGCACGUGUGCAUCGAAAUACUUUUUCAACGGGACAGAGUGUGAAAAGGCGACAAAUGCGCUCUGCUCUCCUGGCAGGCUAGGUACGCAGGCAAACACGAACGAGUACACAUGCAAGUGUCCAGCGACGCAUUUCGUUGAGACCUUCGUCGGAGACGGAAAUGUCAACCUUCAGCGGUGCACUCCUGAUCCCUGUUACGGACAGUGUUCAUCGGGAACAUGCACUCGAUCCACUUCUGAGGAGUCCGGGUUCACGUGCGAGUGCCCGGAACACUACAGUGUUGUGACGGUCGGCGACAAGCAGGUGUGCCAGGCGGGUCCGUGUGCAGAAAAUCCUUGCGGCGAUCCGGAGAUCGGUCACACCUGCAGAGCCACAUCAGACACAGAGUAUACUUGCUCUUGUGCUCCGGGAUACGUUUUCAACGGAGUAACAUGCGCGAGA